AUGCAAUUAAAAUAUUUGCGAACGCUGCUCGAGGGACAGGAGCAAAUCCAGCGUAUUGCGGGUCUCGCCUGGUCACCCAAUCAGCAGAAAUUGGCCAUUGCCACCGCCGAUCGUCACAUUCUGCUGUACGAUGAUGCCGGCGAGCGCCGGGACAAGUUCAGCACGAAGCCGGCGAAUGCUGCCAAUGGCAAGAACUCGUAUGUUAUACGCGGCCUGGCCUUUAGCCCGGACUCAACCAAGCUGGCAGUGGGCCAGAGCGACAGCAUUGUCUAUGUCUACAAGCUGGGCGAAUCGUGGAACGACAAAAAGGUCAUUUGCAACAAGUUCCCCCAGGCGGGCGCAGUCACAGCGCUCAUUUGGCUGGCCACAGGCGCCAUUGUGGCAGGUCUGGAAGAUGGCAAGGUGCGCGCUCUGCACUGCAAGAGCAACAAAUCGCAGAGCCUUUACAGCGGCGAUAGCAUCUGCAUCUCCCUGGCGUCCAACACCAAGGGCAAUGGCUUUCUCAGCGGACACAACGAUGGCACCAUCAUACGCUACUACCUGACCGAGGAGGCCACCGAGCCAUUGGGUCGUGUCGUGCAGCAUCCUGUGCCUCCAUUUGCUCUCGCCUGGCCCCAGGGCGGCUUCUGUGCCGCCGGCUGCGAUCAGCGCAUUGUCUUCUACGAUAGUGUGGGCCGUCAGCAACGCAGCUUCGAUUUCUCACGCUCCGAGGGCGAGCGCGAAUUCACGGUAGCCGCCUGCAGUCCCAACGGGCAGGCGGUCGCCUUUGGCAGCUACGAUCGCAUUCGGAUCUUUGCCUGGAGUCCACGCCAGAGCGCCUGGAGCGAGAGUGCCAGCAAGGAGAUCAGCUGCUUGUACACAUUGAGCGCUCUGAUCUGGCGCCGGGAUGGUGCUCGCCUCGCCCUGGGCUCCGUAAGCGGCGCCGUUCUGCUGUUUGAGUCGGUGCUGAAGCGCACCAUCUGGCAGGAUAAGGUCGAGCUGAUCUUUGUGGCGCCCAGUCAGCUGCUGGUGCGCUCCUUGACGGAGCCCGCGCAGCAGCUGACCAUCGAGUCGCAGCUGGGCCUGGAGAUAGACGAUGUACGUAUCAUGGGCAAGGACAAUUUCCUGGUGGGCCGCACCGAGGAGUCGCUCAUACUGUGCGACCUGACGCGCAAUCUGGCCAGCGAGGUGCCCUGGACGGCAUCGGGUCGUCACGAGCGCUUCUACUUUGAGAAUCUGCACGUGUGCCUGAUCUUCAAUGUGGGCGAGCUGAGCCUCGUCGAAUAUGGCGACAAUCACAUUCUGGGCUCGGUGCGUACCGAGUUCGUCAAUCCACAUGUGAUCUCCGUGCGGCUCAAUGAGCGCGGCAAUGGGCGGGAUAACAAGAAGCUCGCCUUCCUCCUGGACGCCAAGACGAUAUGUGUAGUCGAUCUGGUCAGCCAGCUGGUCAGCGGCCAGAUCAAUCACGAGACAAAGAUCGACUGGCUGGAGCUGAGCGAGACGGCGCACAAGCUGCUCUUCCGGGACAAGAAGCUGCGUCUGAUACUCGUCGACAAUUACAGCGGCAAGAAGCAGACGCUGCUCGGCAACAUCUCCUUUGUCCAGUGGGUGCCGCAGAGCGAUGUCGUGGUGGCCCAAAGCAACAACAAUCUGGCCAUUUGGUAUAACAUCGAUCUGCCGGAGCACGUGACCAUGCAGACCGUACGCGGCGAAGCCAUCGAGGUGAUGCGCGAGCAUGGUCGCACCGUGGUCCGCACACAAGAUGGACCCAGCGAGCACAGCUAUCAGCUGGACGAGGGCCUCGUCGAGUUUGGCACCGCAGUCAACGACAACGACUUUGGCCGGGCUGUGCACUUUCUGGAGUCGUUGGGCGAUAAGCCGGCUGCCAAGGCCAUGUGGCACAAUCUGGCCACCAUCGCGCUGGAGGAGGGCAAUCUGCGCGUGGCGCAACGCUGCUAUGCGGCCUUGGGCAACGUAUCCAAGGCCUACUAUCUGGCCGAGAUGAUACAGCAGGCGGAUGACUUUGAGCUGGCCACGGGCAGUCCGGGCAUCCACUGUCCCGCGGUGCGCGCCAAGCUGGCGCUGCUCGGCUCGGACUUGCGUGCCGCGGAGCGCAUCUAUCUGGAGCAGGGCGACAUCGAGGCUGCCUUGGGCAUGUACCAACAGCUGAGAAUGUGGGAUGAGGCUGUUGCCCUGGCGGAGAGGCGGGGCUAUGCGCGCUUGCCGGAGCUGCGACAACAGCACAUGGACUUUCUACUGGAGACCGAGCAGCAAGAGAAGGCCGGCCAAGUGCUCGAGAAUGAGGGUGAGCUGCAACAGGCGAUGGCGCUGUUCCUUAAGGCCAACAAGCCGGCGCGUGCCGCACGCCUGGCCCUAAAGACGCCGCAACUGCUGCAGGAUGAGCAGCUGAUGCUGCAGGUAACCGAGGGCCUGGUCCACAGCGAGCUCUACGAGCUGGCUGGCGACAUUGCACAUCGCUUGUCCCGGCCGGAGGCCGCGCUGGCCCUGUACCGCAAAGGCGGCGCCUACGCGAGGGCCCUGGAACUGGCGCGUGUCGUCUCCCCGCAGGAGGUGACAUCGCUGGAGGAGCAAUGGGGCGAUUGGCUGGUCAGCCGCAAGCAGCUGGACGCAUCCAUCAAUCAUUACAUUGAAGCGGGCGCCACCCAAAAGGCUCUGGAGGCAGCUGUCGGCGCCCGGCAAUGGCGCAAGGCGGUCCAAAUCGCCAAGGUGCUGGACGAGCCGGAACUGAUCCAGCGUCAUGCAUUGGAUCUGUCCAAGCACUUGGCAUUUGCCGGCGACCUGGAUGGCGCUGAGGAUUUGCUGGUGCGCGCCAAUCUCUACAAGGAUGCCAUCGAGCUGCUCAAUAGCCAUGGCAAAUGGGAGCGCGCCUAUGUGCUGGGCGAGAAGUAUCUGAAAUCGGAGCAGCUACGCGAACUCUUUAUCCAGCUGGCCAGCAGCCUGGAGGAGCAGGCCAAGUACCGGGAUGCCGAGAAGGUGCUGAUAGCUGUCAACGAGCCGGAUCUGGCCAUAGCCAUGUACAAGCGCCGGGAGUUAUAUGACUCCAUGAUUAGGCUGGUCGAACGCUAUCACAAGGAUCUGCUGGACAGCACCCAUCUGCAUCUGGCGCGCCAGCUGGAGUCGCGCGGCAAAUUCAAGAAUGCGGAGCUGCAUUUCAUUGCGUCCGGCGAUUGGAAGUCAGCCGUGCACAUGUACUGCUCCUCGUCCCGCUGGGAGGAUGGCUACCGCGUGGCCAAGCAGAAGGGCACUGAGGGCGCCAGCCAGCAGGUCGCCUAUAUGUGGGCCAAGUCCAUGCCCGUGGAGAGCGCCGUGCGUCUGCUGAGCAAGCUGGAACUACUGGACACGGCCGUGGGCUUUGCUUGCGACUCCGGACAGUUUGAGUUCGCCAUGGAGCUGUGCCGGUUUGCGGGCAAGCCAACGGAUGAGGUACACUUAAAGAUCGCCAUGUCGCUGGAGGAUGAGGGCAAGUUCGAGGAGGCCGAGGCGGAGUUUCUGAAGGCGCACAAGCCCAAGGAGGCGAUACUGAUGUAUCAGCAUGCCGGCGACUGGCACGCCGCGCUCAAUGUGGCCGAACUGCAUCAGCCGGAUGCCGUCAACGAGGUACUCAUUGGCCAGGCGACGGCGGCGCUCGAGACGCGCAACUAUCAGGAUUACGAGAUGCUGCUGGUGCGCGCCCAGCGUCCCGAUCUGAUCAUCGAGCACUACAAACAGGAGUCGCUCUUCGACGACGCCCUGCGCAUUGCCGAGGAGCAUUAUCCGUCGGCCUUGAACGAUCUGCGACGUCUCCAGGCGCAACAGCAGCGUGGCCAGAUGGGCGAGGAUGCCAGCGCGGACUCGCGCGCCUAUUUGCAACGCGCCGCGGAGUUCGCCAAGCGGGAGCAAUUCCGCAAGGCAGCCGAGUGCCUGAUGCAGAUUGACGCCAGCAAUGCUGAGGAUGCGGCCACGCUGGAGCGUGCGCUGUUGCGUGCCGCCGAGAUUGUCAAUCAGUUUCUGGAGGGCAAAGAUGCCCAGGAGCUGGCCCAGGCGCUGGGACCGCGUCUGCUGGCCAUCAAGCAGAUCGGACCGGCCGCCCAGCUGUAUCUGGCCGCUGAUAUGCCCAAGCAGGCGGUGGAUGUAUUCAUACGGGCCGAGCAAUGGUCCAAGGCACGUCGCCUGGCCAAGGAGAUCGAUGCGGAGCUGCUGGCCUACGUGGAGCAGCAGCAAAAGUCACGGCUCAAGCACGAGGGAAACGUGGAGCAGCUGGCAGACAUUGACAUCAUCAGCGCCUUGGAUCUGCUGGCCGAGCAGGGCCAGUGGCAGCGCUGCCUGGAGAAGGCCAAGCAGCUGAGUCCAUCCGUGCUCCAGAAGUAUGUGGCCGCCUAUGCGGCUCAGCUGAUACGCGAGGGCGACUGCAUCACCGCACUGGGUCUGUAUCUGAGCUAUGGGGCGCCGCCGAUUGAGGAGCACUUCAACAUCUACACGCGCAUUGCUCUGGAUUGUUUGGCGCUGCGCGAGGAGCAGUCGGAGGGCGGCGCCUUGUGGCAGAGACUACGCAAUUUUUUGCAUGGACUGCUGCAGGGGCUGCGCAACUCGGAGCACGGCCAGGCCAAGUUUACGGCCAAUGCGGAGCAGUAUCUACUGAUCGCCCACUACUAUGCGACACGUGCCGCCUGCAGGCAAGUGCCAUCCCUGCAGCCGGUGGCGGUGCGUAUAUCCUUGGCGCUGCUGCGACACACGGAUGUGCUGCCCGUGGACAAGGGCUUCUACGAGGCGGGCAUGGAGCUGCGACAAGCAGGACGUGAGUCGGAGGCGUUUGUCAUGCUCAAUCACUAUUUGGACGUGUGCGAGGCCAUAGAGGAGGGCUCCGGCAAUCUGGUCGACCAUACCGACUUGGCGGCCACCGAUUUUCCCAGCUCCGUGCCGCUGCCGGAGGACAUACACCUGAAGAACGAGCCCAGUCUGCACGAGGAGGUGCGCGAAUGGGUGCUGGCCGUUAGCAUGGAUCAGCAGGUCGAUCAGCUGUUGCCAAACGAUGAUCGUGGCCUCUACGAGUCCAGCUUGGGUCCAAACGAUAUGCCCUGCCUGCUCAGCGGCUAUCCGGUGCGUGGCCGCCAGCCGGUCACCUUUCAAGCGUCCAACAAUCAGGUCAAUCGCGAUGUCUGGAGCAAGUUCGCGGUCGCCGUCAAGAUGGCACCGGCCAGCAGCGUGACCGACAUCAUUGGCUUCGUGGAGAAGUGGCAGGGCGUGGCCAACUACGUGAUGCACUAAGGUCACAAACUGAUGCACUGAUGCAGGCAAAUAAAUAAU